AUGGCUUCCGGCAAAACCUUCAUCGUCGAACAUCUCGACCCCGAACUUGGCCCCUGGUCAGAACUAGAGUACAUUGCCAUUGCCAAAGAAACCCAAGAAACAAACGGUACCUUCAUUUUAUCCAGUUUACCCGCUGAAUUCAAAGUCCCCGCCGGAUUAAACGACCUCCCCGCAUUCAAGCCCGAGCAUCGCGGCGUGGAGGAGCUGUACGCCGAUACCAAGCCAAAGGUGUGUCUGCUGGACCCUGCUGCCGCAAAGGACCUGUCUCCCGAGGACGGGAAGACGUUUGAUGCGUUCCUCUUUGGCGGUAUUUUGGGUGAUGACCCGCCGCGAGAUCGAACCUCGGAGCUGAGAAAGAAGGGAUUUGAGGGAAGGAGGUUGGGUCCCAAGCAGAUGACUACUGAUACUGCUGUGCGGGUGACUCGCUUGGUUGUUCAGGAUGGCAUCGCUCUGGACAAGGUCCCAUAUGUCGACUUUCCAGAGCUAAAGUUCAAUGCUCAUGAGAGCACACAGAUGCCAUUUCGCUAUGUGACGGACAAGGAAGGCAAUCCUAUUAUGCCCCAGGGGAUGAAGGAGUUGAUACAGAAGGAUGCUGAUAAGUCUCUCGAUGACUUGAUGUAA